AUGUAUUGCCCUUCUUCGAUGCAUCCAAAUGCAAACAAAGAGAAUGUCUCUACUUCAGAUGUUCAGGCAAGUUUUGUACGAAUCACGAGAUCACGAGCUAAAAAAGCCUUGGGAGGUGUAUCCAUACCUCCAACAAAACCAUCUUUUAAGCAGCAAAAGAGGCGUGCGGUACUUAAGGAUGUGAGUAAUACUUCUGCAGGAAAUAUUUAUUCAGACCUCCUGGAGGGAGGCAACAUCAAGGCUAGCAGAAAAUGUGUAAAAGAGUGUAAGGAAGCAGCAAAGGAAGAUGCUAAUAUUGCCAUGGAAAUUCUGGUAGAUAUGCAUAAAGAAAAAUCAAAACUAGCUGAAGAUUUGUCCAAGAUCAGGAUGGCUGAAUCCAGAGAUGCCUUCCUUUCAAACUCUAAAGAUGAAGAAAUCACUGAGCAACAAGAAGACGGAUCUGGUGUCAUGGGAUUUCUUCAAGUUGUAGAUAUUGAUUCCAACGUCGAAGAUCCCCAGUCUUGUAGCUUUUAUGCUGCUGAUAUAUACGACAACAUACAUGUUGCAGAGCUUCAACAACGACCCUUGGCUAAUUAUAUGGAGUCUGUGCAGCGAGAUAUUGACCCAGGCAUGAGAAAAAUUCUUAUCGACUGGCUUAUAGAGGUUUCUGAAGACUAUAAGCUGGUUCCAGAUACGCUUUACCUUACAGUGAAUCUUAUUGAUCGGUUUCUGUCCCAUAGUUACAUUGAGAGGCAUAGGCUCCAGCUCCUCGGUGUCACUUGCAUGCUUAUAGCUUCAAAAUACGAAGAGCUUUGCGCACCACGGGUGGAGGAUUUUUGCUUCAUUACGGCCAAUACAUACACAAGACCAGAAGUGCUAAGCAUGGAGAUUCAAGUUCUAAAUUUUGUGCACUUUAAAUUAUCGGUUCCUACCACCAAAACCUUUCUGAGGCGGUUCACUAGAGCAGCUCAAGCUUCUCACAAGGUGCCUCUCGUCGAACUGGAGUUUUUAGCAAACUAUCUCGCGGAACUGACUCUCGUGGAAUAUAGUUUUCUAAGGUUCCUGCCAUCACUAGUUGCUGCUUCAGCUGUUUUCCUAGCCAGAUGGACACUCGACCAAACUGACCAUCCUUGGAACACUACACUGCAGCACUAUACCAGAUAUGAGGUAGCCGAGCUGAAAAACGCAGUACUUGCAAUGGAGGAUUUGCAGCUCAACACCAGUGGAUGUACCCUCACUGCCACCCGCGAGAAAUACAACCAACCAAAGUUCAAGAGCGUGGCAAAGCUGAAAUCUCCUAAAAGAGUCGCAUCAAUUUUCUCAAGAUGA